CCUACCAUAAAGUUUUGCAGCCUUGGGCAGGACCUCAAGGCCACUGUCUCUUACUCAGUACCCAAUUUUAUGGCUGACAUGGCAGAUAAAGACAUGCUCACCUUUAAUAGCUCCAAUACUAAUAAUAACUCAGAAACCAAUGACACUGAUGGCCCAGAGGCAGCACUUCUGUGCUGGGCAUCCAUGCUGAAGAUUGUGAAGGAGUUUGGUAUUCAUGAUAAGGUGUUCAUCAAUCUUCUCUCUGACACCCCAAGGUAUUUACUAUUGGCAACUCUCCCUCCCCCUCCUCCAGUCAUUCCUCCUUCCAUCCCUGCCCUAUAG